CUUGAAGCCCCAGUAGGCUUCCUUAUGUCAACUGUUUAGGAUGAUACCAGAGAAACCACCUUUAAAACCUGAAGUCGAGAGAAGGUGACUACAUGACACAUAGAGAUCAUAGAGAUCUCCAAGGACUGCAAAAGGGAAGUUAAGUAUUGGCAGCCCCAUUUUACAGGUAGGGAAAUUGAAGCCUGGGUAGUUACGUGAUUUACACAAAGUCACACAGCACCAAACCUAGAAGAAUCCAGAUCUCCUAACUCCCAGGACAGUAUCUUACCCAUCGGACCCAGGGCCAGUCAGAUAAAUGUUUAAUAUCAAGGAAAUAAAAGCAGACGCAUCAAGGCUGUCACCUGGAAUUUGAAACUGUCUGCACAGCUAAGACACACAAGUUUCAAACUGGAGAGCAGUGUCUUUCCAAGUACUAAAGCUGGGAUGUACAGCUUCCUUCUCUCUCUCUCCCUCUCUCUCUGUUGAUCUGAAGGAUUUUUACUGAAAUAAGCUACUAAACUUUUGAGUCUCAAGCUUGGAAAAAGGAAAGAAAAUCAGAAGGGAAAAGGAACAGCAAAUGAUGAUCUGCCAGCAAUAUUAACUUCCCAUCACAGGAAAGACCUAAUAUUUCAGCAUUUUUCUACGGUUGUAAGGGAGAAAAGAUAUUGAAGUACAAAUGAAUGCCAAAUACAACUUCAGCUAUCCUGGAAAUGAAAGCAACUGCAACAGUGAUAACAAAAUCAGUCAAGUUCUCUUUCCCUUGCUCUACACUGUUCUCUUUUUCGUGGGCAUUGUCAUGAAUGGCCUGGCGAUGCGGGUGUUUUUUCAAAUCUCCAGUAAAUCUAAUUUCAUCAUCUUCCUUAAGAACACAGUCAUUUCUGACAUCCUCAUGAUCCUGACCUUUCCAUUCAAAAUUCUCAGUGAUGCAAAAAUGGUGCCUUGGGCACUGAGGGGAUUUGUAUGCCAGGUCUCACAGGUCAUAUUUUACUUCACCAUGUACAUUAGUAUUUUGUUUCUGGGUCUAAUAACUAUUGAUCGCUAUCAGAAAACUGCCAGACCAUUUAAAACAUCAAGCACUAGCAGCCUGUUAGGCGCUAAGAUUCUGUCCACGGUAAUAUGGAUAUUAAUGUUUAUUCUGUCACUACCUAACAUGAUUCUGACAAACAAAAAACCCACGCGUAAAACGGUGAAGAAAUGUGCUCACUUGAAAUCAGAGUUUGGAUUAGUAUGGCAUGAAAUUGUGAACUACAUUUGCCAGUUUAUCUUCUGGGUUAAUUUGGUCAUCAUUGUUGUGUGUUACAUACUCAUAACUAAAGAACUGUACAAAUCAUAUAAAAGAACAAGAUGCACGGGGAAGGUGUCCAGAAAACCUGUAAAUAUUAAGGUAUUUAUCAUUAUUGCAGUGUUCUUUGUUUGUUUUGUGCCAUUCCAUUUUACUAGAAUUCCCUACACCUUGAGCCAAACAAGAGAUGUUUUUCAAUGCUCUGCUCAGAACAUAUUGUUCUAUAUAAAAGAGAGCACCCUCUGGUUGACAUCUUUAAAUGCAUGCCUAGAUCCAUUCAUAUAUUUUUUCCUUUGUAAGUCCUUUAGAAAAUCCUUGAUAAACAUGUUGCACAAACGCAUUAAGGAGCAGAACAAUGGAGAUGAUAAUGAUGAGACACCAAUGUAAGGCUACAAAAUUGGGUCAAUAGCAAAUAAUAUAGGUAUUUACAUGCUUAAUAAUAAUAAAUACCCAGGUCUUACUCCCAAUAAAAUCAAUGGUUAACUCCCACUUACUUCUCUGGGAACUGAAUCUGUGUUAUUUGAAUCUAAGUUCUAUGACAGAAGCACUCACAUACUGGAACAGAGGAAUUACUGGUUAUUGACCCAAUGCAGCAAAGUGGUUAAAUGUAUGCUUAGUUACACACUAGUAGUCUCACGAAAGUCAGUGGGAAUACUCAUGUGCUUGAGUUUUAAGCACAUGUUGGAUCCAGGCCUAUAUGCUUAUUAAAACAAUUAUAAAGAAAUAAAAAAGCUUUUUAGUCAUAGAAUACUAUAGAUGAAUUUAUGAACUGUGAGGGCUCAGCAGAGAAAUGGUGAAAUCCUGGCUCCCUUGAAGUUGAUGACAAAGCACACUGACUUCAAGUGGGAGCCAGGAUUUCACCCAAACCAAUUAAAAUCUGAAAAAAUGCAACUAAAGAAAAUACCAAUAAGCCAGUAAUUUUUUAAAAAAAAGAAAGCUAUCACCUUGCAUCCAAAUGCCAAACUACUAAGUAUGGGGGAGCGGGGGAGGCUAUUUACGUGUGCUGAAUUAGCAGAAUGAACAUUUCACUUCUGGCAUCAUACAUUUGCAUUUUUUAAGUUGCUGACCAUUUUAUUAAUAACUGUAUAGUAAGAAAUAACGUAUUUUAAGCAAAUCUAAUUAGACUGAAGUUAAACCUUUGAGUACCCCAGAAUACAUUCUGAAAGACCAACCAAAGAACCAUGGUUUUAGGGUGACCAAUAUAUAAAUGGAAUUUGACCAUUUUCAAUAAAACGAAUUUUAUACAAUAGUCCCUGGAUUUCAUGGGAUAGAAGCACUGAAAGAGUUAAAUCAAUUAUGAGAGUUAACGUCAGCUUUUGUUUUCAUUAUACUAAAUUUCUAGCUAUGCUUUUUAGUUACAGCUAUUACGCAUUUUUAGUUUGGAAAAUGGGGAAAUCAGGAAUGCAAUUUUCAAUAACAAUUGUGUACAUAAUUCUGACUGCAGAUAGCCCUAGGCUGCCAUAAACAACCACUGGCAGACUUAUUGCUAUUAUAACUACUAACCAGACUAAGUCUGAAAAAUCUUUCACUGACAUGUAAGGCUCUGAUCCUAUGAACAGAUAUUACCUUCUGUAUACUUUCUAUCACCCCUGGAAGCACACACAGGAGUAACUGUUCAUAGGAUGGAGGCCAAACACUUUAUAACUUGUUAAAAUAUUCUUCACUUGUAUAUAAAUAUAGUACUGAACUUGUAAUACAUGUUUUAUGGUUUAUUCUGUUGAUCCACUAAAUCAUAACAACCGUAAUUAUAAAUACACCUAGAAGGAUUAGAUUUUUAUCAUUCAACAUCAAUUUCACCAUAAACAUACAAAAUGAUGAGCAAAUAUUUUCAUUGAUAAUCAAAAUAUGCAUACAGGCAAAGUAAGAUUUUAUGGGCAAAAUCCAGUGAUUUAGGUUUUUGAAUUAGGCAUGUUACAAAUGGACUAGCAAAUGAAUAGUAAAAACUGGUAUGAUUUGUUGAUUUAAAGAUAUUUGCAUUGUAUAAUUUGACAUGUGCUGUUGACAAUUUUUGUUUUAAUAGAUUUAAAGCUAACUUGUUGAAUCUCAAUGUCUACUACCAUUACAUUGUCUGACGCCCCCCAAUUCCCUGUAACUGUGAAAAUUUAAAUAGAUAAAUAUCAGAAAAGAUACUUAAAAAUAUUCAUCAAUAUUAUCUGCUGAAAUUGUAAUAAAAACUGAAUUCUGCCAA